CGGUUACGAUUUUACAUUUGGUUUGGAUUUUUGGCUUCGCCUUCGCCUUUAACAUGCAGCACAGCUGCUCGAUCGGUUUCAGAUGACCACGAACGGUGAACGCGUCAAGAACUUACUUACUUACCCAUAACCAUUAAAAGUGAGUGCGGAUUUUUAGUAGAGACAGCACAGAAGCGCUUAAAGAUAGCAAAUGAACAGGCGCGUAUAAUACAUAUUAGAAAUACAAAUCGGUGGCGUAAAGGCAACUAAAGUGAAUUAAAAGGGAAGGAAUUGAGCAAAGUUAAAUACAAAAAAAAUAUUUUUAAAAUUAAAAAACAAAGUAUAAAAAAAUAUUUGUGUUUUAAUAAAUAAAACUGUGUGUGUACCCUUUUGAUGUGCAAUUAACUAAUACUUGUGCUUUGUAAUAAGUGUGUUUUAACAUUUUUUAUGUUUUUUGUUUGAAUUUAACUUUUAUACUUAAACAUCAAACUCGUCCGCGUGUACUAAUAAAUCCAAACGAGCCCUCGCCUACUGCAUAAGCAGACGAAAUAUUUCAUUUUCACUAACCAACGCAAUUUUAUGCUCGUUCCUAAAAUUGACGAUUACGCGUUAUAAUUUUUUUCGCAUACAAUUUUUUUUUUUUGAAACGCUCAUAAAGAGAAUAGCAACCGGCAAAAGCCUAUGCAUACAAUAAGUAGUAGCAAGGAAAGAAGUAAAAAAAAUUAACACAAAAUUUAAAGAAGUUGGAAAAAAUUUUAAGUUUUUUGCCGAAACAGCAUUUGCACUAUACAAAAAAGCGCAUAGAGCCCACAUACACAACACACACAGGCAUUAUCAUUAACAGCAAACAGUGCGCGCCAACAGCAUAUAAUAUACAGACGUACUCUACAUAGAUAGCCAGCCUUGCGCCAGGCCAGCCAAGCACAGCGAGCACAGUGCUGAGUUAGGGCUUGUAAAAAAUUGCAACUGCCACUUGAAUUCGAUACAAGCGUGCGCAUUGUCGUUCGUCGUAAUGCUGCAUUUGUUGCCAUCGGUGGUGUUAAACGCUUUGCGCGCCUUCUGGCUGCGUUUGCUGCUGAUAUGCGGUAAAACGCAUAAAUAUCGCCUGGGUGAUGGUGAAUAUUUGACGGCCGCCACGGCAGAAACCAUCUCGAUCACAGCGACGGCAAAGCCAAACAACACGGCAGCAGCAGCAACACCAACGCUGGCGCUACAAUCAACGUCACCACUUAGCAUGGGGGCUUGGCCGUUGAAGGCGAAAGAUGAGAAGUCGGCAGAGGAAUUGCGUAAGUUGCCAAGGCCGAAAGGAUUGCCAUUAAUUGGCACGUUUUGGGAUCUAAUAGCUGCUGGCGGUGGACAACAGUUACACAAAUACAUACAUCGGCGCCAUGAAGAGCUCGGUCCAAUAUUUUACGAACGUCUGGGCGGAGUACAGGAUGCCAUAUUUGUUUCAUCAGCAAGUCAAAUGCGUGCGGUGUUUCAAUAUGAGGGCCAAUAUCCACGGCAUCCGCUGCCGGAGUCGUGGAUUCUGUACAAUAGACAGCACAAUUGUCAGCGCGGCUUGUUCUUCAUGGAGGGCGCCGAAUGGCUACACAACCGACGCAUAUUAAAUCGUUUUCUGCUGGGCGGCACCAUGAAGUGGAUGGAUGUGCACAUCGAAGCGUGUACUCAGCGUUUGGUGAAUCUGUGGAAGGCGCAGGCGGCGCAAGCGCAAUGCCAUUACACCGAAUUAAUGGAGCUUGAACAGCAGCUCUACAACUGGGCAAUUGAUGUGGUUUGCACCAUCAUGUUUGGCGUUUCAGCGGCGGAGAAUGCGCACAUGGCCAAGACGAUGGAUGAGUUUUCACGCAUCGUGCAUAGAAUAUUCGACACCAGCUCGGCGCUCAUGACUUUUCCACCACAAUUGGCCAAACGUUUCAACAUGCGCAUUUGGCGUGAUUUCGAGUCGAGUGUUGCGGCGGUGCUGAAAAAGGGCAACGAUUUGAUCGAUCUGUUUGUUCAAUUGCCGGACCCCGUUACAAAUGGGGUGUGCGAUAAAAAUGGCAUCGACUGUCACGAUUGCGCUGGAGAUUCACUUUUUCAAAAGCUCAUAUUGGCCGACAUGCCGCUGGAUACGAUAAAGCGUAUAUUUGUGGAUUUGGUUAUUGCCGCCGGCGAUACGACAGCCUACACAACGGAAUGGGCUUUUUAUCUACUCACUCAGAAUUCGCAAAUGCAAGAGCGUUUGGCCAAAGAAAUGGCGGCGCAUGAUGGGCGCGGCAAUAUGCUGGUACAUGGUCUCAUUAAAGAGGCGAUGCGCUUAUAUCCGAUUGCACCAUUUAUUGGACGCUACAUGGACACUGAGGCGAAUAUCGGUGGCUAUCAAAUCGAAAGAAAUAGCUUAGUGUUGCUCUCCUUGUACACCGCCGGUCGCGAGCCGAAACAUUUCCCAGAUCCAGAGACGGCAAAACCAGAGCGUUGGCAACGCAACGAGGAAACUGGCGAAUUACGCGAAGUAUUGCAAUCGCAUGGCUCCUUACCUUUUGCCAUCGGCAAUCGUUCAUGCAUUGGCCGACGCAUGGCGAUGAAACAGAUGCAUUGUCUACUUGCAACGGUGAUAAGCAAUUUUCAAUUGCAAUGCAACAACACAACACCAAUUGACUGCAAGCUGCGUUUGGUAACGGUACCCGAUCAGCCAUUAAGACUGGCAAUAAAACUUCGUGACAUCGCAUAGCCUUAGUUAAUACAUAUACAU